AAUUUCACCACUCAGCCUGUUGCCAGUGCUCCCGGCCGAAGUACGAUGGUACAACUUGGACCACUUAUUCUGGGCGUUGGGAAUUUUCAUACUGAGCUCUCUAAUAACUUUUCCCCGAGCGGAUACCUCUUGCUCGGAUCCCCAAGUGAACGAAGUACUUCCGAUAGCACCGACGAUCAUAUUUACAUCGACUGUCAUCUCAAGACCAUCUGACACGCUCUUCGAGUAUUUAUAUUCCCUGUAUGUCCUCAUGAAUGGUCCUCAAGCGCUAUCGUCUGUUGCGUAGACACUCGCUGCCUCUACGAUGGCGACUUUUGCUAAUUCCUCUUUCGACACCGCCAUCUAUGCGACUUCCAGGCCUACCUACCCUAGGUCCCUGUUUGACUUCAUAUUCCGGUACCACGAGCGCAACGAGGGUGCAAGAUGGGAUAGAGCAGUGGACCUUGGUUGUGGGACGGGUCAAGCAACAGUCGAGCUCACACCCUUCAAGCGCGUUACUGGCGUCGACCCAAGCUCCAAGAUGAUCGAAGUUGCUCAAGGUACCCUCAAGAAUACGCCAGAGAGCACUGGCCAAUAUGAGUACAUCCAGGCGAGCGCAGAGAGUCUAACAUUCUUGGAGGAUAACAGUGUGGAUCUAGUCAUUGCUGCCCAGGCAUGCCAUUGGUUCGAUUGGAACAAAAUGUGGCCUGAGCUCGCAAGGGUGCUGAGGAAGAACGGGAGUGCUGCAUUCUGGAUUUAUUCCGAGUUCCGCUUCACCCGCUAUCCGUCACUCACACAGAACAUCAACGCUUAUAGCCAAGGGAUCGACCCAUUGAACAGCGUUGCCCCAUACUGGCAGCAACCCGGCCGUUCGAUUUUAGAACACCACCUGGUUGAGGUGCCAGAUGGCAACGAAGUUGUACCUGGUGCGUUCACUGACUUUGAGAGAGUCUUCUUCACAGGUGACCACUACCCAUCUCUCCCUUCCCCACACUCCGUGAUCCUGCACAAGAAGAUGACGUGGGAUGACCUGCUAUCUUAUCUCAAUACAUGGAGCUCGUUGCAUACGUUCCGUCAGCACAACCCCACGGAUGCGGAGAACCCGCGUGGAGAUGUUGCAAUGCGGUUCUGGAAAGAUCUUAAGGAGGGUGCCGAACGGGAGGAUGGGAGAGCCGUGGAAGGACAUGAUGAAGUAGACAUUGAAUGGCCGGUGGCGAUGAUAAUGGUCAAGAGAGCGUAAUGGUUCUAGCGGCAGAUAUUUUUUCGUAGGUGACUUGCAAAUCAUCUGACUAGAGACUAUCUAGGCAACUAUCAAUCCCAUGAUUCGGAAGGCCAGCAAGGCUACUAUGUCCCAAAAAUCAGCUUGACAAAUAUAGUACUAACAGAACUGGACGUUUCACUAUGCUAUCACGUCUCGCCAGAGCAGAUCCCCUGGCCGCAGUGAGAUCAUCGCCUGUGUU